UUUCUGUGGCAGUUUCAAAGCUACACGCACUUUUAACGGAUUAACCAUCAUGAAACUUUUGAUCCUAGCUCUGUGCACCGCCCUCGCUUCUGCGGGAAAUCUUGGCGGAGAUGUCCAUGGUCAUGGAUAUGCUAGUGCCUAUGCCAGCGGUCAUGGACAUGGAGAUGCCUUCCAUGGAUCUGCCCAUGGUGGCUUUGGACAUGGAGACUCUUACCUGAAUGCCUACAAUGGACUCCAUGCCUCAGGCAAUGCUGGUUUCAGCAGUGGAGUGGGUUUGGGAGGAACUGGCUUUGCUGGUGGACAUGGAUACGCAGGUGGUGCUGGAACUGCUGGUGAAGUCGUUGUCAGUCGCCAAGUAUCUGUUCCCGUCCGUGUUCGUGUUCCAGUUGUCAACAACCCCGUUCCAGUCCCUGUCCCAGUUGAUCGUCCAGUUGACCGUCCAGUGCCAGUACCCGUGAAGGUUCCAGUUCCUCAGCCCUACGAAGUCGUACGUCACGUCCCAGUUAAGGAGUACGUCAGGGUGCCAUAUCCAGUUGAACGUAGGGUUCCAGUUCAUGUUAAAGUGCCCGUUCCAGUUAAGGAAUACGUGAGAGUGCCCGUGCCAGUUGAGCGCAGGGUACCAGUACCAGUUCAAGUUAGGGUGCCCGUAAGGGUUCCAGUUCCCGUUGAUAGGCCUGUCUAUGUGCCCGUCCCCCAUGGAAAUACCUACCACGCUGGUCACGAUGUCGGCUACAACGGUGGACACCAUGCUGUUGAACUCGACCUGACCCACAGUCAUGGUUUCGGCCACGGUGAUGCUCACGGUUUCGCCCACGGUGACGCUCACGGUUUUGCCCACGGUGGUGUUCACAGCUACUCUCACGGUAGCGCUCAUGGUGGUUACAACUACGCCCCUGCCCAUACCUAUGGACAUGGAUGGUAAAGAAAUCUACGUCAAACCAAAAGUCACUUCAGAGUUGCCAUCACGAUCGCCUCCAGUUGUUGCUGACCUACAACUGUUUGAUGCGAUUACUAGUUUAAUUACCAAACAUCUGUUGUUCAAAAACACCCCUUUUCUACAAAAAUAAAAGACUCUCUUUAAUCAA